AUGCCACUUAAACCGCAACUUUUCACUACUAUUCUCAACGAAGUUACAAAAGGUUUACAAAAUAUGCAACAAGAUGAUAAUAGGAGUAGCAGCAAUAAACAACAACAACAACCAGGUAGUGGUCAUUUUGGUCAACCAAAUAAUUAUCCAGCCCAAUCAGGUAGCUAUCCAGGUCAGCAAGGAGGUUAUUCAGACCAACAAGGAGGUUAUUCCGGUCAACAAGGAGGUUAUCCCGGCCAACAACGAGGUUAUCCAGGUCAGCAGGGAGGUUAUCCCGGUCAACAAGGAGGAUAUCCCGGCCAACAAGGAGCUUAUCCAGGUCAGCAGGGAGGUUAUCCCGGCCAACAAGGAGGAUAUCCCGGCCAACAAGGAGGAUAUCCCGGUCAACAAGGAGCUUAUCCAGGUCAGCAGGGAGGUUAUCCCGGUCAACAAGGAGGAUAUCCCGGCCAACAAGGAGCUUAUCCAGGUCAGCAGGGAGGUUAUCCCGGCCAACAAGGAGGAUAUCCCGGUCAACAAGGAGGUUAUCCAGGUCAGCACGGAGGUUAUCCCGCCCAACAAAGUGGUUAUCCCGGCCAGCAAGGAGGUUAUCCAGGUCAACAAGGUUACCCGGGACAACCUGCUUACCCAUUGGCACCUAGUGACUAUCCAUAUCAAGGUUCUGGACCAGGUCACAUAAGCAAUACUUAUGGACCAAUAAUUGGUGCAGAUAUGCAAGGAAGAGCAUCGUUACAUCCAUAUCAAGCAUUUAAUGCAAAUGCUGAUGCUGAAACAUUACGUAAAGCAAUGAGAGGUUUAGGUUGUGACAAAAAUAAAGUUAUUAUUGUACUUUGUGGCAGAGUUAAUUUUCAGCGUCAACAAAUUGCGGCAGCUUAUAAAACAAUGUAUGGUAAAGAUCUUAUAAAUGAUUUGAAAAGUGAGCUAUCAGGUGAUUUUGAAGAUUUAAUAUUGGCGCUAAUGGAACCACCAGCACGAUAUGAUGCGCAACAACUUCACAAAGCUAUGCAAGGUUUGGGUACAAAAGAAUCAGUACUAAUUGAAAUUAUGUGUUCACGGACGAAUGCACAAAUUAUUGAAUUACGUAACAUUUAUCAGCAAAUGUAUCAUUCAACGUUAGAGAAUGAUUUAAUUGGUGAAACAAGCGGACAUUUUAAGCGUUUGCUCGUAUCACUAUGUAAUGGCGGACGUGAUGAAAGUAUGCAAACUGAUACGUUACGUGCUAAUCAGGAUGCUAAAAAAUUAUACAAAGCUGGCGAACAACGCCUUGGUACCGAUGAAUCAUGCUUUAAUGCUAUUUUAGCUUCACAAAAUUACGCACAACUAAGACUUAUCUUUCUAGAAUAUCAAAAGAUAACAAAUCAUACAAUUGAGAAAGCAAUUGAAGCGGAAUUUAGCGGUGAUGUAAAGGAUGGCUUAUUAGCUGUUGUAGCAUGUGCGCAAAAUAAACCAGCUUAUUUUGCUACAUUACUCUACAAUAGUAUGGUGGGAUUUGGUACACGUGAUAAUGAUUUAAUCCGUAUUAUUGUUACACGUUCCGAAAUUGAUUUAGCUGAUAUACGACACGAAUUUGAGCAAAAAUAUAACAAAAGUUUAGAAUCAUUCAUUAAGGGUGAUUGUUCAGGAGCAUAUAAAGAUGGUUUAAUUGCACUUGUUCGUGGCAAUUAA